CACCACUCCACCUGCGGUCUUUGCCAUGGCAGCCCAGAAUGGAAACGCUAGUUUUGCACCCAACUUCAGUCCGGCUCAAGACCAUACCUCCCCCGUCCCCUUCAACUUCAGCUACGGUGACUAUGACCUCCCUCUGGACGAGGGUGAGGACAUGACCAAGACCCGGACCUUCUUCGCUGCCAAGAUCGUCAUCGGUGUGGCACUGGCAGGCAUCAUGCUGGUCUGCGGCGUUGGCAACUUCGUCUUUAUUGCUGCGCUCGCCCGCUAUAAGAAGCUUCGCAACCUCACCAACCUGCUCAUCGCCAACCUGGCCAUCUCUGACUUCCUGGUGGCCAUCAUCUGCUGCCCCUUCGAGAUGGACUACUACGUGGUGCGCCAGCUCUCCUGGGAGCACGGCCACGUGCUCUGUGCCUCUGUCAACUACCUGCGUACUGUCUCUCUCUAUGUCUCCACCAAUGCCCUGCUGGCCAUCGCUAUCGACAGAUAUCUCGCCAUCGUUCACCCCUUGAAACCACGGAUGAACUAUCAAACAGCCUCCUUCCUGAUCGCUUUGGUCUGGGUGGUGUCCAUCCUCAUCGCCAUCCCGUCGGCCUACUUCACCACGGAGACGGUCCUGUUCAUCGUCAAAAGCCAGGAGAAGAUCUUCUGUGGCCAGAUCUGGCCGGUGGACCAGCAGCUCUACUACAAGUCCUACUUCCUGUUCAUCUUCGGCGUGGAGUUCGUGGGCCCCGUGGUGACCAUGACCCUGUGCUAUGCCAGGGUCUCCCGCGAGCUCUGGUUCAAGGCGGUGCCGGGCUUCCAGACUGAGCAGAUCCGGAAGAGGCUGCGCUGCCGCAGGAAGACAGUGCUGGUGCUCAUGUGCAUCCUCACAGCCUACGUGCUGUGCUGGGCGCCCUUCUACGGCUUCACCAUUGUGCGCGACUUCUUCCCCGCCGUAUUCGUCAAGGAGAAGCACUACCUCACGGCCUUCUACGUAGUUGAAUGCAUCGCCAUGAGCAAUAGCAUGAUCAACACCGUGUGCUUCGUCACGGUCAAGAACAACACCAUGAAGUACUUCAAGAGGAUGAUGUGGCUCCACUGGCGGCCUGCACACCACGGGAGCAAGUCCAGUGCCGACCUGGACCUCAAAACCAGCGGCAUGCCGGCCACGGAAGAGGUGGACUGUAUCAGGCUGAAAUAACCCGCUGGCGUC